ACCCGUUUGACAGUUGUGCUGGCUCGCGGCCUCUUCAGUUCGCGAAAGACAUAAUUCCCAGGAUAUCGAGUCUGGUGCAAUGUCGUGAAAAGCGAAAGUGUUCGGGAUUUCGGAGGAAAUGUACAUCGAGAAGUGAAGUGGAUCGCGUGUGAGCAAGUGAAGUCUGGAUUGCGAAUAGAGCGGCGAACCCCGAGUUGCUGCCGGUUUUCCGCGGAACGCAGCCAGAAACGAUUCAGGGAAGGCUCAGCGCCCAGGACACAAUGGCGUUGGCAAGUGGCUCCUUCCUCAAGUCACAGACACCUCUCCAGCAGCUCCUCGAGGAGAUCAACUUUCAGCGAGCCAAGGAAAUGCGGCAGCUGCUGAAAGACGAUAGUGGAUUUGUGGUUUUGCAAGGCACUACUUAUUGGACGGACCUAUUUGUACGCCAUUUUCUGUUCCAAUCUGAGCCCGUUCACAACAUGGAUUCCGACGACUUACUAUUUUUCGUGCGUAAGAAGCAUGUCAAAGGCUCAUCUCGUCAUAUGCCCAAAUAUGAGACUGAAGUGGACGUAUAUCGGAAGGAUUCUCGGAAAUUACCUAUUGGUGAUCCAGAUGUCGAUUGGGAGGAAACCGUUUACCUCAAUAUGGUCAUUCAUCAGUUUGAUUACACACUCACACUGGCCAUUUGUACAAGAACGUCACCGAAAGAACUUCAAGUUUUGAAGAGGCACUCACAACGAGUUUAUGCAUCGCCAAGCCGGAGGAAAAUGGAUACGAAAGGGGAGGGGGAAGAAAUGACGUACCCUCAUAUAUGUUUUAUGGUUGAUAACUUUGACGAGGUAUUCAGUGAUAUUCUGGUUCGUGAUGGAGAGAUGGUUUGCGUGGAAUUGGUAGCUAGCGAUAAAGACGGAUCUGUCCAAGGUGUUAUAUUUUUGGGAUCCAUUCGUUACGAUGCCUUGAAGAAAGUUUACGAUGCUAGGCAAUCGAGUUUAAGUUCGAAAGUAGCGCAGCGGAUGACUUUUGGAUUGUUUAGUAGUGGAGCUGGACCGCAAACAAGAUGUGAGUUUGUACGAAUGAAAGGCCCUCAAGGCAAAGGGCAUGCGGAAAUGGCGGUGACUAAGCCUAAAGGAUCAGGGGUUGAGACACCAACCAGUGAACCCGGAUUCUGUGCUACCGAUAUGUGGGACGAAUGGGAUGAUGAUUCUGAUGACUACUACAACUACAAACACCAGAGGCGACUAAGCGAUCCCAGUGCAAAUUUGAACAAUUUCACCCGCUAUGGCUGGCGAACGAAAAAUACUCAUGACCCAAGUGCCGGCGCAAAAGCACGAUCAGAGAACGAGGGCUUGGAUUCGUUGGCGAGUGAAGUGUCUGAAAUCGAAGCUGGGGAUUUACGUGACGAUCGUCCUGCUUCCUCAGCAUCGGAGACGAAAUUGAAUGCUACCACGCCCACAUGUUGUAACUGCUUCAAAAAUAAACGUUGGAGCGAUUCUGCAUCGGGACAAAUGUCAGAUGUUUAUUGUAGAGCUUGUGACGAAGCAUAUUCGCCGGCGUGCUUGAAUAAUAUUCCUACGAAAAAAGACAAACCAAAACAUAGAAAUCUGUUGAAUGUUGAGAGUGAACUGGUUCUUCCCGGCGGGGGUGUAGGCAGUAAUAGCCAGAAUAAACCAACGAAGCGGGAGAAGAAAAACAAUUCGGGGAAUCCUAAAAGCCCGAAGAAAGGUCCGGGUAGUCCGGAAGCAAAUCGGUCUAAACGAAAGUCUUUAAAUGGAAAGAACAAUAAUGAGAAAGUUCAAGAGUAUGAGCUGGCUGAUGAUGCUACAUCGCUGAACGGAGACGUUCAAACCAAUGAUGUGGCGAAAAUCGGAAUUCUAAGUGAAAAGGAUUCAAAACUAAUGAUAAGUGUGCAUGGGAAAGAAGAGCUUCCAGUGGAGCAAACGAAUAACCAUGAACCAAUAACUCCUCCUCCUAAAUGUAAACUAAGUGUGCCUGUCGAUGCAACCAAUAGCCAUCCAUUAGAGUCAAUAGAUACCAUAGAUACAGCCGAGAAUAUCAAUACGAAGAAUUCAACUAAAAUUGCUUUGCAUGAAACAGAAAACCGGAACUUUACAAAUAAUUCUAACCAUCUACCGAAUCACAUAUUGGACGAAUAUAAUGGGAACAACAAUAAUAACCGAAAGACUGAGAAGGAGAAUGGGAAGAACGACAAGAAAGUCGCUACCUUACCAAGAACGAAAAAGGGAUCUGUUCACGAGACCUUUUACAAUAAGGCUCAACGGAUGGUACCGAAAAGACGGACACCGGAUGGUACAAAUAUCUACUACUGGUGUGAUUUGCCGAAAAAAGCACUGAAAGAACUGGACGACGGCGCUUAUAAUCCGCUUUGGGCCACUCGAGGCUUUACGCAGACUUUUCACUUUUGGAAGGAGAAUCGCCGCCAGCAAUCGACGCCCUUGAAUGCUUUUUUGACUUACGUUACCCUUCCGUGGUGGAGCAUUGCCAAAGAUUUACUUGAUCAUCGAGAGACUCCUAUACUAACAUUUUAGUAGACAAGCCAAUCUGUGUAUUCCAAAUAUAUUUUUUUAGCAUCUCAGAUUACUAACCUACGCCCAUAUAUAUUGCACGUACUCUGAAAGAACGUUUUGUAAUUUUAUUUUCGAAUUCUGUGAUAUGAUUUUAUUCGAGUCAUUUUUAUUGAAAAAUCAAAUUUUUAUUGCUGUUUGUAAGAAGCAAUCUCAUAGAUAGCUAUAUAUAAGUUGAUUGGUCCCAGUAGAAUUUUCGGAAUUUCGUUGAGAUUAAUUCAUUCGACAAAGAACAAACUGUACAAGAUUUAUCGUUAAAUAUCUAAAGGAUAACAACGUAAGACAGAUAACCAAACAUUCCUUUUGGGACAAGAUAAAUCGUUGUAACUACGUACUUGUAUGUAACUUAGGGAAAAAAGCAGAAUGUUUUCUUAUUUUGUGAAGUUUAUUUACUUUUAAAAUAGUUUUCUAAAUUACGAAUGAAAAAAUACAUAUUAUAUGACAAAUACAUGCAUGGUUUUUAAGAAA